CAGCCACUUCUGCAGAGAUGGAGUGCAGGAGCCAGCAGCUGAAGCAGGAAGCUUUUAUGUUACCAGAAACUUUGGGAGAUGAUGGCGUAAGAUGCAGAAGGGGGAUUUUUCAAUACUUAAAAGCCACAGCAGAGCCUGCCAGUGGGCCAGAUGCUGAGGGUAAGAGCGUUCCCUUUGGAUUCCAGCAGCCCCACCACAGUGCAGCAAAGCUGACUGCCAGGCUGGCUGGAAAACUCUGAGAUGAUCUGCUAAAGGGUGGAGGAAGAUUAUGGCUUAAUGUUCAUUAAGCAGCUCUUGGUUUUAGUUUCUUGGGCUGGAGUAGGACCCCAAGCCUUACAGAGCUGAGUUCCACCUUCUGAGCAGGAGCCAGGUCUGAUUGUGUUUGCAGAUGAAGCAGUUUGCAGUCGCAUCGAGGAGAGAUGGCUGGCUGAUCAGCAUCACCUCCCAAGGAGGUAUUUCACCUGGGGAACAGGGAACCUUACAAGAAAGAGAUUUCAAGUUCAUUUGGAGUCUCUGAACAUUUUGCCUUCAGUGUGAAGGUUUGCAAGGUGAUUAAAAAAAAAAUCAGGUCUUUCCAUUGAACGCAAUUGGAUGCAGAUGGAGGAGACUACGUUUUAACUUGUGGUGUGAGGCCUGAGAGAUUUCCUUGAUUUUGACUUGAUUUUGAAGCAACAGCUCUCAGGAGUGGGGGAAGGAAGGGAGUUUGGUGCAGUUGCUCGUGAGAUGCCAUGGCUGGCAGGAGGGCUUGGCAGAACUGCCUUAGCUCAGCCUGCUCAGCUCUAAGGGAUUGCCUGUUGCUGCUGCUCUUCCUGCUGAUUCUGAGGAAUCGUUAGGGAGGCUAUGAUUGAUUCUGACCCUGUUUUAUUUAUAAAAUCUUUAUUUCUUGCGCUGGUCUCCAUGCCAUUUUUUAAAUGCAUUUGGCUGUCAAGGUGUCAAAAACUGGAGAAUUGCUUUUGGAGUUUAUCUCCCACUCCAUCCAUCUUUGGUAUUUAUCAGGUAGCUUUGUAUCCCUCAGGAGAGAGCUUACAGCUCCUUCAGGGUAUCUGUUGCACCUCCAGCAAGGGCAGCUGAUGGGGACAGGGCUGCACUUAAUCACAAACCAUCUGCCGUACCAGGAUCUGGGCUGCUCCGGGCCCAGCAGAGAUGAGAGAACCCGAAUUAUGUCCCGCUAUUUCUCGAUACUCCACAGCAGUCUCUGGACUACAAAUACAUGUGUGAUAAGCUCCUCUCCCCUGUGGGAGGAGACGGGCCAGGCUUCUCCAGGUUGCUUUCAGUGGCCGUGGAGUUGGGGGCUCUUUCCUUCUGGCUGUAAGGCUAUUGUGAUCUUAGUUAUUGCAAGUGCUCUACUCGGUGAAGCAGACACAUCUGGCUGCCUCAGGCUGGGGAGGAUGAGGAGAGCAGUCCAUGUUGUACAGGAGUAAAUGUGUGGCUAGGUGAACUGAACAAAAUGUUACGUCCUUUAGUGUUCAUAAUGCAGCUUUCCACUUGCAGUACAGGUGAGAUAACUUAUUUUUUUUUCAUCUUUGAGGAGUUGCUGAGUUUCUUCCUUACGUUGUAGAGAUGAAUAGAGGGGAAUUUCCUUCCUCUUGCAUGGCAGCUUGUGGAGGCUGUCUGGUUAAAGUCCUGGGGCCCCAGGUGGAGGCUGUAGCAUGGACCUCUAGCUCCUCCUGUUUGCACAUUGUGUGGUUUUUGCUGCACCUUCCUUGGUGCAGGUGGUGGCUGGGAGCCAUUGGCUCUCUGGGGUCUCUGCUUUGUGUGAUCCAAACUCCAGCACACUCAGAGAAGGAAGAUUCUUUCAGCAGAGACAUUGCUUUGGGUAACAGAGGUGCUGUAAUUCUUGGAUCCUUCAUCCCCAGAGCAGGCAUGGCUGGGUGCCGAGGACCUGCCUGAUGGUUCCCAGGCUGUGCUGAUGCUGCUCUGCCAGAAGAGAGAUGGGGAAAAGAUACUUCUGUGACUACUGUGACAGGUCCUUUCAGGACAACCUUCACAACAGGAAGAAACACCUCAAUGGAGUGCAGCAUCUCAGGGCUAAGAGAGUCUGGUAUGACUUAUUCCGAGAUGCUGCAGCUAUCCUGCAAGAGGAGCAAACCAAGAAACCUUGUCGGAAGUUUCUGCAAACAGGACAGUGUGAUUUUGGAUCCAACUGCAGAUUUUCCCACAUGACAGAGCAGGACCUGGAGAAGCUGAGCGCCCAGGUUCAAGGGGAGCAGAGAUCGAAGGAGCUGCGGCAGGAGGGAGCAGAUGUCCCGCCUGGCACCAUUGAGGACUGGCUGGAGAAAAGAGCAAAGAGACUGAGCGCGGCCCAGAGUAACAGCGCUCUGCCUGAGAAACCAGCACCUUUCCAGUACCCACCGGGCUGGCCACCAGUGCAGGAUCUGCCCCCGUCCCUGCAGGCCCCCCCACCCGGAGGGUGGCCAGUCCCCCCCACCCUGCAGUGGGGCUGAGGCACAGGGACCCCCGCAGAGGUUGUGCUAGAGGUGGGCUUCUUCCUCGCCUGCUCUGAGAAAGGGACAGAAUUAUUUAUAUACACUUCUACGCCAAUAAAAGCCUUUCCCCCUGUUA